CCUCUGUGUGUUGCGUGUGUGUGUGUGUGUAUGUGUAUUGUGCUUAAAGAUGUCUGGUGAUCAGGCGUUUAGGAGUUUUAAAUUUUAAACUUCCAGCGUUUUAGUUGUUUUAUUUGGUGCGCGAGACCAAACGGAUUAACGGUAAAUCAGUCAGUGUCAGUUAGCGGAGUUAGCUUAGCUACACGGAGAACGAUAGUGACUAAAAUACGGUUGGCAGAGCUGCAGGAAUCAUGGGAGCCGUGUUCCUGUCAGCAGACACGGCGCAUGCCGUGCUGAAAAGGCUCCCAAGAGCCAACUUCUUCCUGGAGGAGAUGAAGCAGGGAAACAUUCAGCGCGAAUGCAGGGAGGAGAUCUGUAACUACGAGGAGGCCCGAGAGGCUUUUGAGAAUGACGAGAAGACGCGGCGAUUCUGGGAGGAGUAUCAGCGCGAGAGCAGCCCAAAACCCGGAGGACUUCAGUCCAUAGUGGGCGGAGUCAACUCGUUGUACCUAGUCUUGCCCCUACUGCUGUUGCUGCUUCUCAUCGUUGUCGUCUCAUUCACCGCAUGGAAAUGCCACUCACGCAAAAGAUCCCAGCGCAGCCCGGCUAUGGGCCAGAGAGACUCUGCCCUCGCCGUCGUUUCCAUGGACCAGUGGGGGCAAAGUUACCAGCCUGAUCCGACCUAUUCUGGUGAUGACAUCACACCAGGGCAGGUCAGCGUCGCGGAUCCGCCUCCGUCUUAUGAGGAAGCCGUGGGUCACAUGGAUAUCCGCGUGGAGACGGAGCCUCCGCCCCAAUAUGACGACAUCAUCAUAGGCUCUGCGAGCAACCCUAUGAUUGGCCAGGCCAAGUGAAGCACUUUCCAAUCACAAUGCAGCUGCACUCCUGAGGUUUACUCCACGCCAACCGCUGCUUCUAUUAGUGCUCUUUAUCACAAGAGACUGCACGUAACUCACCUGUUUGCUGCUGAAACAGACAUUUAAUACACUUAAUACAAGCAAAAGCCAGAAAUAAGAGCAACCAUAUACUUAGUUUUACACACAAUAUCAGUCUGGAGAAUAGGAUGCAACCCCUUACAAUCUGCUCACAGACAAAUAUAGUGAUGUUGCAUGAGUGCAACAGGCAUUUUUAUUUAAUUUUUAUUAUAUUAUGUUGGUGUAAUUACUAAACUAAGUUAAUUUUUUAUAGUAUUUAAAACCAAGUCACUAAAAGGAAGACAUCAGAUGUAUUUAGUCAAAGUGGUUCACAUGCAAAAUAGGAAUAACUUUAUUUUCCUUUUUAUUGUCUGAAUAUAUAUAAUUUUGGGGCAAAAACAUUCUUCGCUCCCCUAUGAACAAUUUCCCAUAGCUGUUGGAGAAUUACGACUACCGCUGCAAACAUAAGUAGACAUGCAAAAAUUAGUACAUCUUAUAAUCCAGGAAAGAAUAUAUUUCAUCCAAACGGAGCAGCCUAACCAGCAGAGGAAUCAAACCGUGAGGAAGAAAACACAAUGCUUUUGUUUACCAGGAAUGAACUUAUGUGUGAGGCAGUUAAGAGGUUUAGAUGCAACAAUUUGUCCGAUGCUGCCGUUGCUGCUUUUGGAGUGAGCCGUCUCGCUGCCAUUCCUCAUCAGGCUCCACUGCUGCUGGACCUGAACCCUGAAAUCGAGCCAAACCUCAGCUCUCGGCUGCAAACAGCCUGAGUCAUAGGAUCGAGAAAAGCCGAGGAAGCACACGUUCCUCUUUGGUCUCUUCUGCUUCUAUUUUAAACCUUACCUUUCCAAUAUUCCAGCCCAUUACGUAGUGCAACAGUAGCACCCAUGAUCCAUUAGCUGUAACACAGAGUGUGUGUGUGUGUGUGUGUGUGUGUGUGUGUGUGCUCUAACACACCUAAUCGAUAGGAAACAAGUGUGUGAGGGUAGAACAAGCGCUAACCGGUGCAGCGCUGUAGCCAAACUAGCAUCCAGCUUCAUAUACACCAGCAAGCGUGAACACGUGCAUGACUGUGAAAUUAAAACCUCUACCACAUUUUAUGCAAAUGAGUUAUAACACCGUUGAGCGAUGAAGUGACGUACCGGGUUUGGUAUACUAUCUCAUAUCUCUGUUCGUUUGAUUACGGAAAAGAAAAACGUUACAGACGUUUCUGUAACACGAGGAACGAACCUUUACAUGUCAUAACGUUCUAGGAAAAUAAUCAACAACUACCUUUUUUUUAUCCCUCUUAUACCACAGAUGUUUGUCUGCAAGUACAUUUUUAUAUUUUGUCACAGAAUAUUUUUUGUCCAUCUAUGGAUACAGGAUUAUGUGUAAAUUUGAUAUUGUUAUUGCAUCACAAGUAGAAAAUUGAGAUGUAAUUCUCUUUUUGUUUUAUUAACAUCAGAAGAGAAAAGAGAGAGAGAGAGAGAGAGAGAGAGAGACGUUGGUGAGGAAAUAACGUUUCUAGCUGCUGAAACGUAAGUGAUGAACUAUCAGGCACGGGAACUAGUUGUGUGAACGUUCCACAAUGCUAAAUGUAACUUUGAGUGGAUAAAAAAAAAAUACAGUAUGUUGUUUUUAAUUAACAGUGUAAUUGGAGGUAAAUAAUUAUGGUAUCAGAGGAAUAAAACGGCUCAGGACGUGCUGUUGUUAUCAACAUAAUCACCUCUCCUUCGUCGUGCCAGGCUCGUCUACUCUUCUAUAAGAGCCUUAAACUAAGCGUUUUAUUCCUCUUCUGCAACCUCUUAUUUACCUGGCACCCCACCCCCCGCCUCCCCGGUGCACCGAAUCACAUUCCUACAGAUGAAAUGAUCUAGCGUUUUCUCUUAGCAAGAAAGUGAUAUUUACUUUAUUGUGGCCGAGAGUCACGUGGAUUAAAGUUAAAAAAAAAGAAUGUAAAAUAUUCAGCCGAUCGAAAGGCAGCGUCAGGACCGUCGUCUUUAAAGAAGGACAGAUUUAAAGACGAGACUUUUGUGGAAGUCUGGAAAAAAGCAGCUUCAAGUUUAACUUUUUUCAUAAGAAAAUCACAAUAACGACCUUCAAACUCAUCAUCAUGCACAACACUUGGUCUUGAGUGUUUGUUUUUUAUAUGACAGCAUGCAGGAUUUCAGUUACGCUGUGUUUAAUGUCUGACGUGAGAUCGAGUUGUACUUCGUGUGUGGUCUUUUCUUUUUAAUCAGAUACAGAGAUACACAUUUUUCCUGGGAAAAUGAGGAUUUACUUUUUUUUUUAAAUGUAUUUAUUUUAUUUUAUUUUCCCCCUCUGAGUUUUAUCUGUAUAGCCAUAUCUGGACAUAAGACAUUUUUUAAGAUGUGCAAAAGUUUACUUUUUAAAGUUAAAGAACUUUUUGUUUUCUUUACACCAGAUUUAGGCCAUGAGCCAAGGGAUCUUUUCCCAAAACAGUAAAACAGUGAAAGUGUAGGAUUUUGGUCUACGGUUUUAGACCCGCUCUUAUUUUUGGUAACCUGGCCUCAUGGCGUUCCGCUGGUCAGCUUCGUGUGGCGUUUUAUUAUUAUUAUUAUUAUUUAUUUUUUUUUUAAAUCAAGAAAGAUUUACAGGAAAGAAUGUGAGUUAGCUGCAGUAGCCUCAUCGCUCUAGUGCCAAACUAAACAAGCAAACUUCUCACGCUGAAUAUAGAAUAACAACGUGAAGAUCUUGUAAGAGAUGUAAAUAAUAUUAAUAAUAAUAUUAAUAAUCCAAACUUAAAGGGAAAAGGAAAGCAUAAAGGAAAACUCCUCCCUGAUGGACUUUCUUUGACUUUUCUGAUUUUCCCCCCAUGUGAUAGUUCAGUGGUAUUAAUGUUGCGUUCACUCACCUCAACUCAAACUGGGAAAAUUCACUAUUCAUAGCAAUGAAAAUAACAUGAAAGUGUAGUUUGACUAAAAAUCUCACAAUAAGCAAAUUAACAUUCAUCAAUUAAACAUUAACCAGUGCUGAAUAUUUUGUGGAGCUUAACAUCACUUCUGUUGGAGAUCACUGAAACGUUUAUUCCGUCGUCUCAACCUGCCGACUUCUGUCACGUCACAACCAGUUCGGUAUAAACAUCCUUUGUGUGCUUCAGGGUGGAGUUUUCCUUUAGUCUGAUAUUAAUAUGUUAAUUACAGUGGGAGUGUGUGUGUGUGUGUGUGUGUGUGUGUGAUUGUGUGUUAAUAAAAACGAUGCUCUUUGGUGCUUUGGGGAAUUUUGGGGUUUGUGAUUUGAAACUUUGAGCUUUAGCGCCUCCUACAGGUGGAAAUGACUAGUUACUUCUCAACCAGAUUUUAAUCCUACUGACUGAGAAUCGAAGCAUGAUUUCAGAAAGCCUUUAUAGGACUGUGUGUGUGUGUGUGAGAGAGAGAGAGAGAGAAAACACUAACAAAAAAAUGCAAUUUUUUUCAUUAAUGUGUGAAUGCACUUUUAUAAAACAAACACUUGCUGAAUAUUGUGUAAAAUAAAACUAUAAAUACUAAACACGAUGCACACUGACAUCAGCUGUUUGUCUCUCAUGCCAAGCCUUUACAUAUUUUACUUUACGUGUUCCUCUCAGUGUGUGUGUGAAUCGUGACACAGCGAGACACAGUGCGGCUUCAGUUAAGAGUGUGUACAGUUCUGCUUCAGCCUUAUUCACAAAAUUAAAGAUUAAGAUGUGUGUAUAAUAUAAGGAAAAAAAAAGAUUUUUCUUUUGGAAAAUGACUGAGCUUGGAUUUUUUUUUUAUGUAAUAAAUGUAUUUUGACCCACAUCCUGUUUUUUUUUUUUUUGGUAUGGUAUUUGUUUGAGACAUUAAAAUGAGCCCUUUUUAAAUAGUCUUACAAAGAUAUCUUUUAUUUGAGAUCAAAAUAAACGUACAAAAUGCAGAUUAUACGAACAAAUAUUCAUUCUUAUUAAAAGCAAGGGCAAAAGGACUGUAGAAAUGUUACUGCAUAAUAAAGGCAUUAUAAAGGUGUAAUAACAUCUCUCCUAGAACACGUACGUAGAUCCAGCUUUCAGUUGUAUCUGAACAUUAAAGGAAAACUCGGAGGGAUUCGUCCACGUUUCACCAGAAGGAAACACGUUUACUCCGAACUCACUUCACGUGGAAGCUGUCUGAGGGCAGAGGGUGAAGAUUUCUAAUCAAUGUUUAUUUUACUUUGAGUAA